ACUACAUUACCCACAACCACUCUAAUACAGGUGGUGUCUGUUGACAGAGUUGACAGAGCCGGCUACGAGCUAGCUAACUUUUCUCUGUUCAAGUGUGAAAAGACAGACAUUGGAGUGCUUUAGCAUCUUAUGGACCGUAGGCAAUGUCACCUCCACGUCUCACAGGCGCUCUGCGCUCGUUCUCCAACGUCAGCAAGCAGGAGGACUUCACUGAAGAGGUCUACGACCUCAGGACCAAGCGUUUGCAGAGGCAGGAGCUGUUUUCCAGACAAGGCCUGACAUGGCAGAAGAUCGUCCAGUUCUGCACUCAGAACCUGGAGAAGGCAGAGCUGCAGGCAGCCAACCAGGAGCUGAGGAGCAUUCUACAGGCUGCCAAGCAGAUAGGUAAUCAACUCGCUGGCCUGGAACCCUCACUCGUUUACAGUACCAGGCUUGCGCUUUUCAUCAAAUUAUCAAAAGAAAAAUAUUGAUCGGAAAACGAGCAAAAUAUGAGGUCAAAGACUACGGCCUAGGAAACUGAAUAAAAAUAAAAUGAAGUUGUUAGCCAAGAUUAGCAAGAUAACACUGAAAUUGGUUUGGAUGGUAAGUCGUUGUAGCAGAUCUUAGCACGGAAAUCGGUUUGGAUGGUAAAUCGUUGUAGCAGAAUUACAUAAGAUCUCUCAGAAGACAGGUUUAUUGUUUGACUCAACCCAGAGAGGAAGGUCUAAGGGCUCAGAAUGCUGGUCUGACCUCCACCUAUAGACAGCUGACUCACACAAGGUGUCAAUGCUUCUUGUCGCCACAUUCUCCGUUGCCUGAGCAACGGCGCCACGAAGGUGUCGAUUUGACCUUGAUACCUCUAAUAAUUAGAUUAGAUGCAAAUCCCCCAGAAUUCCUCUGA